AUGAAAUCAUUCACUAUCUAUCUAUAUAUCUAUCUAUCUAUCUAUCUUAAUCGGUUCCUUUUCUAUCUAUCUAUCUAUCUAUCUAUCUAUUCAUUAUCGAUCUAUCUAUCUAUCUAUCUAUCUAUAUUAAUCUUCUGUUCCUUAUCUAUCUAUCUAUCUAUCUAUCUUAAUCUGUUCCUUAUCUAUCUAUAUAUCUAUCUAUCUAUCUUAAUCUGUUCCUUAUCUAUCUAUCUAUCUAUCUAUCUAUCUAUCUAUCUAUCUAUCUUAGUCUGUUCCUUAUCUAUCCAUCCAUCUAUUAGUCUGUUCCUUAUCUAUCUAUCUAUCUAUCUAUCUAUCUAUCUAUCUAUCUUAGUCUGUUCCUUAUCUAUCUAUCUAUCUAUCUAUCUAUCUAUCUAUCUUAGUCUGUUCCUUAUCUAUCUAUCUAUCUAUCUAUCUAUCUAUCUAUCUAUCUAUCUUAAUAUGUUCCUUAUCUAUCUAUCUAUCUAUCUAUCUAUCUAUAGAUUGACAGAACACAGACAUGAUCAGGCUGAAACACAUAUAUUGAAAAAGGAGGAAGAUAGAAAUGAGAGACAUAUACAUAUAGAAAGCCGUCCAAUAUAA